AUGUUUAUCAGAGAGCGGAGUAUGCACAAGUGUUCCGUUCUUCGUGACGGAACGGUCAGUUUGGCACUGCACUUGGCUGCUGUAGGCGUCGAAAGUCGAGUCGCCUACGCGGCCGGUGCCGGCGUGGUGACGGGAGAGUUUCUCGACAUGGAUUUGGCCCCAUUGUGCCCACUGGCUCAGAAUUGGCUGCUUUGCCCUGCUUUUUUCCCCCAGUCCCAGGGGGACGUUAAAGUUGUCCGGGAUCAGAGACUUGCCUUCAUGUUGGCGUACCAUCCGCCGACGUAG